GCCCUAAAUUAAUUUAAACAAAUUAUUCUUCCACACACGCUGCGUGACGAAAAAACAAACUUUUCUUUUGUUCCAAACUUGCAAAUCGAUCCGGCUUGAAUGACAAAUUUUAUUGCUGCAGCGGAAGAAGCCGAACGGGGAGAAAGGGAUACUCGUAGCCUCUGUUGCUGCGAAUAUAUUGGUCAUGAUAGGAAACGAUUUCAUAUACUAGGAUGCUGCUGUAAUUGCGAAGACUUUGACUUGGUAUGCACAAGAUUUAUCUUCUGCAAACCCAUUGAUAAGCGCAAUUUGGACAACAUGUUGAUUGCGUUCCAGGAUCGACUGCGUCUGCCAUGGCGGGGCGGCGCCAAACGUAUCUCGCCCGCUGCCUUGGCUCCAGCUCUAAUUAUCCCGCUCAUGAUUUGCUUGGCUGCACUCAAUGCAAAGACGGCAAUUGUGAUGAUGUUGACGCUGAUUGGGUUCACCUGCUGGGGUUUGCAAUUGGCUGAGCGUACGGCCACAAAGACGAGUUUCUUUCGCAGCUGGGUUGUCUUUUCCGUCUGCUACAUGGCCAUUAUCUUUGAGUCUGCGGUGCCGUUGUUAGAGCUGCUGCCAGAGGAGAAUUAUCUGUUACUUAGCCUGUCGAUCGGAGCACUUUAUAUGCUUUAUCGUGUGCAGAAAUUGGCUUCGCUGGAUCUGGUGACGACGCAAUACGGAAACACGCCACGAGAUGAGCUGCCAGGCAUCACGGAAGCGUCCAGUGGCGAGGAGCAGGCCGAACAGCAGGCGCAUGAAGCAGUUACCCUCAUGGCGGACACUGUGCUAGGCAUCGAGGACGAUGAGGAGGAGAAUGAAGAUGCGGGUCUUAUGCAACAUUCACAGCCAAACAUCUGUGAGAUUUGUCGCAAGGUAACCCCUCGACGUGCCUAUCACUGUGUCAUCUGUGGCAGCUGUGUGAAGCGACGAUCCCAUCACAGCUUUUGGCUCAACUGUUGCAUUGGAGAGAGCAACUAUCGCUGCUAUCUGCUGGCCUUGGCUCUCUCUGAAUGUGCCCUACUGCUGGGCGCCAACCUGACCUUGACUGCUGUCUGUCAUCCAUUCUUAGUGGUGCGUCUGCUUGGUAUUCCUCUUCUGCUACCCGACGACUGCAGCGAGGUCUUCGAGGACUUUGAAUUGGGCAUCUCGUUCGUUGUGGCUGCGUAUGCCUUGCUGAUCUCUGGUUUUAUUACUUUUGUUCUACUCCGUCAAUUGUUUUUGUGGUGGCGCGGCACCACUUUGCACGAGUAUAAACGUAUUUCAACUCCAAGUGGGAAUCGGAAUCGUGUUUGGAGCAAUUGGCGCGCAAUUUUAAAGUAAUG